AUGGUUUCUGAAACGUCGGCGUCCUUCGACUUCCACUUGCUGGUGACAGUUGCCGCCCAUUACCACCUCACUGUCACCAGUUCGCGCCACGAGCCAGGAAUUGAUACAUCUUAUACGGCAUGGAUAUUCCAUGGCGAGGAGAAAUUGUUGCCUGAAUUUUCCACAGAUUCUGAGGAAGAAGUUCCUCAUGCCUAUAACUACAAUGACUACAUUGAUGAUGUAGACGAGAUGUUAGAUGACAUCCGUGUGGGAUCCUUUAAGGAUAAUUCCUAUGGAACAGAAUUGAAUUUAGAUGAAGGGCCUUCACAACACACCGCUCAUGAUCUGCUACAUACUACCUUCGAAGAGUUGCUAGAGAAUGCAAGAAAGCCACUUUAUCCAAACUGCACAAACUUCUCACAGCUAUCAUUCAUAGUCAAGUUGCUUCACAUAAAGACAGUUGGUGGUUGGACUGUGAAGUCUUUUGACAUGGUUAUAAAGCUCUUGCAAGCAGCAUUUCCUCAUGCACUGUUUCCUGCCUCAUUCCACGAGGCUCGCCGCUUACAACAGGGUUUGGGAUUUGGUUACAAAAAAAUACAUGUAUGCCCAAAUGAUUGUGCCUUGUUUUGGAAGGAGCAUGCUGAUAAAGAUGAGUGCCCUAAAUGCAAUGCAUCUAGGUGGGCCUCAAUCCCUCAUCUCCAACAAAGGAUACCCCAAAAAGUCCUCCGAUAUUUUCCUUUGAAGCCGCGGUUGCAAAGGCUGUUUAUAUCAAAGAAGACUGCACAGUCAAUGAGAUGGCAUGUUGAAGAGCGUGUUGAUGAUCCCAAUUUAAUGAGACAUCCAGCAGAUUCCAGUGUAUGGAAAGACUUCGAUAACAAACAUGCUGGGUUUGCCCAGGAUCCUCGUAAUGUCAGACUUGGUCUAGCCAGUGAUGGGUUCAACCCAUUCAAUAAUCUUAGCAAACCGUACAGCAUUUGGCCAGUGCUACUUGUGCCUUACAACUUGCCCCCUUGGUUAUGCAUGAAAGAUCCAUACGUGAUGAUGUCAUUAUUAAUCCGUGGCCCAAAGGCUCCGAGAAAUGAUAUAGACGUGUUCUUGCGUCCCCUAAUAGAUGAGUUGACAGAUUUGUGGGUGGAGGGAAUUCAUACAUAUGACGCAUACAAACGAGAAUCGUUUCAGUUGAGGGCAGCCUUACUUUGGACCAUUAAUGACUUUCCUGCAUACGCUAACCUUUCUGGUUGGAGCACGAAGGGUAAGUUGGCAUGCCCUUCGUGUAACACUGAGACAGAUUCAUUGUGGCUUGUGCAUGGUCGAAAACAUUGUUAUAUGACCCAUCGUCGUUGGUUGGCCCAAGAUCACAGUUGGAGGAGGAAAAAGUCAGCUUUUAAUGGUAAGGAGGAACAUCGUCUCCAACUGAGAAUGGUGGAGGGACAAGCUUUAAUGGAGCAAUUACAUGAGGUCUCAAAUGUGCAGUUUGGUAAAUCAACAAGGAAGAGAAAACGUAAGCCCAAUGAACUAAAUUGGACAAAAAAGAGAAUCUUCUUUGAACUUCCGUACUGGUUAGACUUGGGAUUGCGACAUAACUUAGACGUCAUGCAUAUUGAGAAAAAUAUUUGUGAGAAUGUGAUGGGAACCUUGAUGAAUAUUGAAGGAAAAAGUAAGGACACCGCUGCUGCGCGUAUGGAUUUGGAAGAUCUUGGACUAAGGAAAGAAUUACAUCUUAGACAUGAUGGUACGCAAACUUCUAUGAGCCUUGCUUGUUAUAUGUUAAACGUAAAUGAGCGAAGGAGUUUUUGUGCACGAUUGGCGGAAGUUAAAUUUCCUGAUGGCUUUGCCUCUAAUAUUGCCCGGUGUGUCAACAUUACUGAUGGAAAAAUAAUGGGAAUGAAGAGCCAUGAUUGUCACAUCUUCAUGCAAUAUUUGUUGCCGGUUGUUAUUGGUGGGUACCUACGACCGGAUGUGCGUCGAUGUUUAAUUGAGUUGUGUUUGUUUUUCAAAGAAUUAUGUUCUCGAACACUAGACAUAACAAUGUUGAAACGGCUUCAAGCUAAUAUCCCCAUCAUUCUUUGCAAACUGGAAAUGAUAUUUCCACCAGCAUUUUUCGAUAUCAUGGUUCAUCUUGCUAUUCAUCUGCCAGAUGAGGCUUUGCUAGCAGGCCCUGUCCAAUACAGGUGGAUGUACCCAUUCGAGAGGUAUAUGGGUAAGUUCAAAAGGUAUGUCCACAAUAGAGCCCGUCCAGAAGGCUCAAUUGCAGAGGCAUAUUUACAUGUCGAGUGCUUGACUUUUUGCUCUAUGUACCUUAAUGAUAUCGAGACUAGACAUAAUCGAGAGGAACGUAACACGGACACAGUUGGGCCGAGCUCCAAAAAUUUGAAUAUAUCGGUUUUCAUCCAAAAGAUUGCCGAGUUGCACUCAAUGACUCCCCCCGCUGUGAGCGAUGACAUAUUUGCAUUGAGUUGUGGUCCAGAUCCACGUGUCGCAUCAUAUUCUAGAUGUAUAAUGAAUGGAAUUCGGUUUCACACCAAGCAGCUCGAAGGGCGUCGUCGCACCCAAAACAGUGGGGUUGUUGUUCAUGGCGAACAUCAAGGUUUGCCUGUUGACUUUUACGAUGUUUUGCAAGACAUCAUAGAAUUACGCUAUAUGGGUUGGCGUAAGUGUUUCAUUUUUAAAUGUGAUUGGUGGGACAUUGGCGAUACAAGAAGGGGCAUACAUGUUGGGGAGCACUUCACGAGUGUUAAUACCAACCGGCAAUGGUAUAAAGAUGAGCCAUUCGCCCUGGCUUGCCAAACGUUGCAAGUAUUUUACAUCAAGGACCCGAAUUGGGGGGGAAGUUGGCAUGCGGUACACAAGAUAACCAAUAGGAAUGUUUACAAUAUUCGCCACAAUACCUCGGACUUGCAUGAUGAUGCUAAUGAUGAUGAUGAUGAGUCUGACACUGUUGACUCCGAAGAUGAGAGUGACACUGAGGAACGGGAGUACGGCCUGGUUAAUGAAACUAGCCCGGAGAGCCUCAAUCCACUGACCCAAGGAGAUGAAGACCAAUUGCCGGUUGAUCCGUCAACCCGGUCACCUAAAGAGUUGUCUAGAGAACUCAAUGACGCUGAUGAUUGUUUAAUUUACUCCAUAUGCAGACAACGUGUGAGGUUUGUCAAAGAAGGGAAAGCGAAAACACCUUCAUGGAAGAUAGAUGAAACAGUGGGUGAGAAGGCACCGAAUAUGAUAGAAUUUUACAAAGAAACACACUGGUCAUCCAAGAAGGAGAAAUUCAUCAAUGCAGCAAGUGAAUAUAAUUAUAAUAUGAUGCUUGAGAGGUUGAAUGAGAAAGAAACUGAAGAAGACAUUCAAGAAGCUGCUGGUGAUGUUUUCAAGGAGGUGAUGGGGUUCAAAUCUGGCUAUGCACAAGGGCUGGGCCACUCAGUCAUACCUGAGCCCUCCCCGUUCAUGAAAAAGAACAAGGCAUUUAAACGUAUAGCCGAGGAGAAUGAAAGGAACAAGGAAUCUGCAGACUUGUAUAAGAGUAAACUUGAAGCACUAUUGGGUGAUAUGGCUGAGCUUCGAAAACAGUUUUCUGAGCAUGACAAACAAAUUAUGGUCAUGUCAUCACAGUUGGGGACAAGUAGGGAGUCUCAACAAGAGACUCAAGGAGAUGCAUAA